AGGCUCAUUUGUAUCAGGGUCAUCGUCAUGGUCAAACGCACGUGCUUGGUGUUCCGUGCGUUACUGUGCGUUGGUAUAAUUUGCACACCAACAAUCGACGGUGCUCAGGACAUCUUCUCCAUACUGAAACCGGGCAAUCCGCUUGGAACGAUCGGACGUAAGAAGCUGUUCGUGACCCGGGUCGGUCAGUGUGUGGGCAAGAAAAAUCUUCCCGUGUAUGUGCCGGAUAUGCGCAUUACGGCGUACAAUCGGACCAGCUACGUUGUCAGCGGUGAGGCACACUUCCGGGAGGACGUCCCGCAAUAUCGGCUCUCGGUGGCAAUCAAGCAGUGUGACGAUAUACGGGCAACGGUCAACUGUCGGCCGUUUCUGAGCAACAUCGUCAACGCGGACGGUUGUGCGCUGCUGCAGGCAUCCGGUGCGAUGUAUAACGAAUAUCUGCAAAAGUUCCAACCACCGCUCAAGUGUCCAUUUUGGAACGGGACGUACGUGAUGGGCGCAACGUUGGUAGACGAUGCAUUGGUGAAAUAUUUACCAGGUUCCGGGAGCACCUUUUGGGAGGUACGAAUGACGGGCCGGGUAAAGGAGCGUUUAAUGUUUUGCGUAGUCAUGCAGCUGAAUGUUAGACCCAAAAAAAUGACCACUAACCGCAACUGAGCGGAAUGAUGACAGCAGGAAGCUUCUAUACAGUAGUAAUAGAUUGCACACAGGUCAAAUGAGUUGUAACACAAUAAAUUGCAAUUUUAGAACAAAAGUAACGGAAUAUUUAGCGUUAUUUAAUAUAAAUCUAGAGCCAUUUAGCGAUAUUCAAUAUAAGUCAAAGAAGUUUGCUCUUGCGACAAGUUGACGAAAGACUCAUUCGGAACGCUAGUGCCAGAUGUAUAACAAAUGACUAUGAUCUAACUAGAACCUCUGUGCGCCUAAAAGUCUGCAAUUCUUGCCGCAACAUAAUCCUGUUAAAAAUUACCGGCUAUUUUAAAUUGUUACGCCAGCUUUGGUUUCUUGAGCUCAGACGCAACUGGUUCAAUGCAUUAACGAAGUAGCCUUUGCUACAUUAGUCAGAUCGGGUGUAAAUUAUUCUGUCUUCGCCGCCAACCGGAACAGAUUCAAAUUCAAAAUGGAAGAACAACCAAUUUGGAACAAUUUUGCAGAAAUGCUUGGUGGAACGUUCAUCACCGAUUGGCUGCAAACAGUCGAUGUGCUCUCGGUGGUACUCUUCACCUGCGGCGUAACACUGUUCUACCUCGUAAUGAACAUGGCCCUUCGUAUAUUUUCGCUACUCUUUUGGCCAGCGGUAGUAGUGAUCGGUUUGCUGUUUUUUCGCAAUGAAUCCUUUGCCGCCUUAGUAACGGAAAGCGUCAAACGAAUCUCGCAAUCGGCACUACACGAAAUGCUUCCCGCACAAUGAGUGUAUCAAAAUCGAAUUCGUUAAAUAAAAUAAUUUUAUUACACUAAACAAUUUUGCAUAAUCUCACAAA